AUGAAUUAUAUGAGACAUCCAUUUCAUUCAAAAACAACAAUACCAGUUAAUUCACGAGAAUCUUCAAAUGUUUCAACAACUAAAACAACACCAACAUCAUCAUCUAUAAAUAAUUCUGUUCGUUUUAAUGAUUUAACAUCUACAUCACAAAUAUGUAAUGAUCGUGAAAAAUACCUUACAGCUAAAUAUCCUCCUCAACAAAUGCAAUUAAUACGUAAACGAUUGAAAGUUGAAUUUUGGCUUGAUGAUCAAUUACAAUAUCUCUAUGAUAUAACAGAUGAUAAUAUACAACAAAAUCAUGAUCAUUGUCCCGGAGAUUUAAUUGAUUGUCUUUUAGACAUUGACAAUGAAUCGGAACGACGUACAUUUUUACUCGAGAAAUUGAGAAAUGUCAAACAAUCUCGUUCAAUAACAAUGAAAUUCAUUGAUGAUUUAUUAUUACGUGUAAAAACAUUGUAA